AUGUUAGCUAUCAAGGUGACCAAAGACGAGAAGAAACAGACGACUCCGCUGGGGAGUCUGUUGGAUGAGUACGAACAGAUUACAAUCGUUGAGCUGAUCAAGAAAGGAAAUAAAGUGGGUCCCUCUGAGGCUGCCCUCCUGACUAAACUUGGGAUAAAGCCAUUCUCAUAUGGGCUUGCGAUUAUCUCUGUCUAUGACAAUGGAUCUGUCUUAAGCCCAGAGGUGCUCAACCUCAUGGAGGAUGACCUCGUUGACAAGUUUGCAGUUGGUGUUUCUGUGGUUGCUUCGCUGUCCUUGACUCUCUCUUACCCAACUCUUGCAGCUACGCUUCACAUGUUCGUCAAUGCCUACAAGAACGUCCUUGCUGUUGCUGUUAUCUCUAUUGCAUCUGCUGAGAAUGCUGCUGCUCUUGCCUCUAAGGAAAAAGAGAAGAAGGACGGUCCUGUCGGCGAGUUUGACGAUGAUUUGGGAUUUAGUUUGUUUGACUAA